ACUAAUAAUUCUUCCUAGUUGCAAUGCUUUCUUUCGUUGAAUUUUGCGUCUGUGUUUCUCGGUCAUCCGGGUGAUAAAAACAGGAAAUGAUUUUUAAUAAUAACGUGAUGGUAUAAUGGUAUAAAUACAAGCUGCACUUUUAAAGCGCAGUCUUUGCGAGAGAGACAUCCGUGAGAAACUAAGCGAAAAUAAUUUAAAAAAUUACUCUUUAAAGAGUUUUAAAAAUUUCAACAGUUACAUUAAAGAUGUAUUCGAUUCUAUUACUUGUCUUAAUUCUUUCGUUUGUUGGAUUUUGCACUACGAACGAACCACAUGACAAAAGCGUAUCCAUUAAUUCGAAAGAAUACGAAAAGAAAUAUAACAUAAAAAUCAUAAGUAAAGAAGAAACUACAUGUGAAAAAUCAGAAUUUCUCAAUUUGGCUCACAUGUCCUUAAAAACAACUAACAACGACAUUAUUCAAAGCAAUGUUAUACGACAUGUAUCGUUGUACAACAAUUUUUUGAAAAAAGUGCCCCACAACAUCUUGGACCUCGUGCCACAAUUGUCUUGCUUAAAUCUAUCAUGUAAUAGUAUAAACAUCUACGAAAGUAAUUUUAUUCGGCAUGCUAACCUUCGGGUGUUAGAUUUAAGUUAUCAGAAAAAAUCAAUUGUUAAUAAUAUACCAGAAAUGGAAUUUGUUGGAGAAACCGAAGGUAUAAAUGGACAAAAUAUAUAUAAUAUAAUUGAAUAUAACAAAUAUAAGUAUAUGAUUUUCAAUAGCACCAAUAUGAAAUGUCCAAAUUUGGAAUAUCUUGUUUUAAAUGGAAACGACAUAUCGGACUUUCAAUGGGAUUUUAAUCUGUCAUUUCCAAAAUUAAUACGUUUAGAUUUAGUUAACGUUUACGCUGAUACAAUCAAACAGGACUUUUUUAACAAGAUACCAACGUCUUUGAAAAUUCUCCAUUUAGAAAAUAAUAAUCUUCGUAACUUAACGUUGCCUAAAUUAGGGGAAAUUAUGGCUUUAUAUUUAGAUGGAAAUCCCUUAGAGAGACUCGAUAUAAUUUCUAUGUCAUUAAGAACUUUAUCAUUAACUAAUUGUACGAAUAAAUUUGAGGGAUAUUUCGGCACGCCGCAUUUACAGGAGCUAGAUUUAUCUAGAAAUAAUUUUGAUGAUGCUUUUGCAUCUGCUCGAUUUAAUUUCACAUUUCCUGUAUUACAUAUGCUUAUAUUAGAUUAUAACAAAUUGUCGAAUAUUCCUAAUCUAAAUAUUAAUAGUCAACAAUUUAAUGAACUUUCAUUAAAUUAUAACACGAUUAAAUAUAUUCGACCCUACAGUUUCAAAAAUUUGAAAGACUUAAUAAAAUUAUCAUUAAAAGGAAACAAGUUGUAUCGACUUGAGAAGGAAACCUUUUUAGGUUUGGAAAAAUUGGAGUAUUUAGAUUUAUCCGAAAAUCAGUUGAACUUUUUGUCUCCUGAUUGGGCUUGGCCUUUGCAAAAGUUAACAUUUUUAAAUGUAAAUUCAAAUCAAUUUGCAAGUAUCUCCGAAAUAGGUGUAUUUUCAAUAAGAUCACUGCAAUAUCUAUUUGUAACAAACAAUUCUUUUACUAAAAUAUCGACGCUAGAACUUGAUCCGUUACCAAAUUUUGUUACGGUGUAUUUAGCUUAAGAUUAUUCAGUUUAUAAUUAUCAUUAUUUUGCCACUUGAUUUUGAGUAUUAAGCGUAUUAGCAUUUAUUAUUGUAUACACAUAACAGUAUUUGUAAUUUUUAUAUAUGUCAUCUAAGGUGUAAAAGUAAUUUAUCAUGUCAUAAUUCUGUAAUUCCGAUUUUCCUUCAAAUAUAUUGUAAACUUAUUUCAAUAA